AAACAUGAGGUUCUUCUUGCUUAUGGGUGUCAUCUACACCACACUUGCAAUUGCUCCUGUCCACUUUGACAGGGAGAAGGUAAUCCGUGUGAAACUCCAAGAUGAAAAGCAAGCAAGUAUCUUGAAGGACUUGACCCAAACCAUUGAGCUUGACUUCUGGUAUCCAGAUGCUAUCCAUGAUAUCACUGCUAAUAUGACUGUGGAUUUCCGAGUUAGUGAGAAGGAAUCUCAGACUAUCCAGUCUACCUUGGAACAACAUAAAAUGCAUUAUGAAAUUCUGAUACACGACCUACAAGAAGAGAUAGACAAACAGUUUGAUGUGAAAGAUGAAAUCGCAGGCAGGCACAGUUAUGCAAAAUACAAUGACUGGGACAAGAUUGUUUCUUGGACUGAAAAAAUGGUAGAAAAACAUCCUGAAAUGGUUUCAAGGAUUAAAAUUGGCUCGACUGUCGAAGAUAAUCCAUUAUAUGUUCUCAAGAUUGGAAAAAAAGAUGGUGAAAGAAAGGCUAUCUUUAUGGACUGUGGCAUUCAUGCACGUGAAUGGGUUUCCCCAGCUUUCUGUCAGUGGUUUGUCUAUCAGGCAACCAAGAGUUACGGAAAAAAUAAAAUCAUGACCAAACUUUUGGACCGGAUGAAUUUUUACGUUCUGCCUGUAUUCAAUGUAGAUGGAUACAUUUGGUCGUGGACAAAGGAUCGGAUGUGGAGAAAAAACCGUUCUAAGAACCGAAAUUCCACCUGCAUUGGCACUGAUCUCAACAGGAACUUUGAUGUCUCAUGGGACUCUUCUCCAAACACCAACAACCCAUGCCACAAUGUCUACAGGGGACCUGCACCAGAGUCUGAGAAAGAGACAAAAGCUGUCACUAACUUCAUUCGAAGCCAUCUGAACUCAAUCAAGGCUUAUAUCACCUUCCAUUCCUACUCUCAGAUGCUAUUAUUUCCUUAUGGCUACACAUUCAAACUCCCACCCAACCACCAGGACCUGUUGAAAGUUGCAAGGAUUGCCACUGAUUUUCUCUCAACUAGAUACGAAACCCGUUAUAUCUACGGCCCAAUAGCAUCCAAAAUUAACAAGACAUCAGGCUCUUCUUUAGACUGGGCUUAUGACCUGGGCAUCAAACACACAUUCGCCUUUGAGCUUCGUGAUAAAGGAAAAUCUGGUUUCCUUCUUCCAGAAUCCCGGAUAAAGCCAACAUGUAAAGAAACCAUGCUUUCUGUCAAAUUUAUUGCCAAGUAUAUCCUCAAGUAUACUUCCUAAUGAAUUGCCCUUGGUUUGUAAUGUGCUAAUCAAUCCUUGGGUGGAAUUUUUUUUUUCUUUGAAAAGACAACCUUCUGCAUCACCUAGAUCUAUCCUUCUCUAGCUCAUAAAGUCCUGCAUUAUUUUCCUCUUUUUUUAUUUACUCUCAACAGCUCAACAACAAUAAAGCUUUAAGUAAA